GACAUCAAUGGGGAUGAGAGAUCAAGAAAAAUGGUGUAUAGAUCAUACGUAUGCCUGAAGAAGGUUCUCUCCAGAGAUGCUGCCUGUUCCCGCUGAGCUACUCCAGCUUGUUGUGUCUACCUCGGUUUAAACCAGCAUCUGCAGUGCCUGCUUGCAUUUAUCAAUGCCUCUUGUUCGACACAGAGAGAAGGUGUUUACAUCUCAAGCUGGAUCUAGACCGGAAUCCAAGAAACUCAUGAUCGUCAUCACAGAUGGAGAAUCAAAUGAUUACCUUGUGACCUUUCCUGAAGCUCUCAAGGCAGCUGAUGACAAGGGAAUUAUUCGCUAUGCCAUUGGGGUUGGUAAUCUUUUCCAUGAAGUUAGAGCAAGGAAGGAACUGGAAAUAAUAGGUUCGAAACCGUCUAAAGAUUUUGUCUUUCAAGUUGACAGUUAUGCUGCUUUGAAAGAAAUUGAGGACUCUUUAAAGGACAAAAUAUUUGCCAUUGAAGGAGGAAGCAAUUCUUUAAACACGAGUUCUUUCCAACGUGAAUUAGCACAGACGGGAUUUAGCUCCUUAUACACAAAGGAUUCCAUCUUCCUUGGGUCAGUUGGAUCGUAUGAUUGGGCUGGAGAGGUUGUGGAGAUCAGGAACGGCAAAGAAAUCACCAUCAGACCAUCGAUUGUGGAACCCAAUGCCUACUUUGGCUACACAUUAGCAGGAAUAUACCAUGAAGAAGGUUUACAUCUGGUUGUGGGAGCUCCACGUCACGAUCACAAAGGUGCAGUUUUUAUACAAGAACGUGUAUCGGAGAAAUGGAGAACACGACAGAUUAUUAAAGGGGAGCAGGUGAGCUAA